CAAGGAGAAAAGAAUUCGAGCAACAGUGUCCGGCCUCCCUUUCAUGGCAAGGAGCAGGUUCCCAGGGGGAGGGGCAGGGCUUUGCACUGUUGUAGCUGAAGCUGGUUGCCUGUGGCUUCAUUUCCUAAGCCUUAGAUGUCAGAGCACUGCAGCCUCGGGAACACAGGAGAAAUCAAGGAACAGGAAGGAGUAGGAGAACGAGUUUAGUAGGGUCCUAGAACUCAGGCUGUGGAUUUAAGGCCUGUACUUGGCUGCUCUGUUCCUCAGAACCCCCUUACUGUCCCUUAAAGAACAAAAGAAGGAAAACGAAAUCCCAGGGAGCCAGGUUGUAGGAAAAUAAGGCAGAAAACGUAUGGUCAGAUCUGCAGCUUUUUGUUGAAGACUAGGGCACCCCCUGUCCAUCCAUGAGCCCAGCUCCCCCAGCAGGUUCCCCGCCAGGGGCAAUAGGCAGGAGGAGCGAUGCCAGGCUGGGGAAAGUCCUUGGCAAAGUACCCUUAAGGGCAUAAGUUUCCCCUCCACCUGGAGAAGGGGAGGUUUGGAAAAGCAAACCUAACCUGCAGACCUUACAAUACAAACAGUAAUGAUACUGGCAUAUGCCUAGAAUUCACCACUUAGGAACCUGAGGCAAAAGGAUCAUUUUGAGUUUGAUCCAAGCCUGGACUACAAAGUGGGAUCAAGUUCAGUCUUAAAUAGUGAGAACCGGUCUGAGACUGUAAAGCAUCAUGGCACACCCCAACUUAGGUGGCUGAGGCAGGAUCAGAAGUUCCAGCCCAGCCUAAACAAUUUAGGAUGGUCUCAUAAAAGGGCUGUGUCACAUGGUUCAGUAGUACAGGGUUCCUUGGAUUUGGUCCCCAGUGGAGUGGAGGCAGUUUAUAGGUGCAUUUCCAACCAAUCCCUUGGUGCUGUUCAGGCUACCUGGAAUCAGGCUUAGGAUGGGGGCUCCCUUCUCUCAAACAUGGGCACUUAGCAGACUCAGCAUGAGACCUAUGGAGAUGCAAGCCCUGAGAAUGAGUCCACAGGAGCUGCUUAGCCCAAGCCUGGAGUGAAAACUGGGUCUAGUUAGAGGGGCAAGGCUACUUUCCCAGAGUGGCCCCAAGAGGAAGGCCCUGGACUCCACUAGAGGCCCUGACCUCCAGAAGGCUGCAGAGCAGAUUGGAGGGACUUCCUUCUCUAACACUACAAGGGCAGGGGUCUCAAGGAGGAAAAUCGUGCUGAAGUUGGUGGGAGGCCACCGGCAUCCUCAUCCCUAGAGACAGCUAGCUUGGCCCAGGACCCAUCCCAUGAGGUGUACAGAAGAAGGGGUGGUGUCUCGGCUCCUGGGGCGCAAACCGGCCCAGGGGACAGGAAGCCGGGAUACCGGGGAUUGUCUUUUGCAACCGCAGCCCAGCCCCAGGCGGGGAGGAAGUUCUGCCGGGCGCUCCGCUGGUGCCUCCCUCAUACAUUGUCGAACAGGAAACAGGGCAGCGCGGAGGCCAGGUGGUGCAGGAAGGAAAGCAGGACUCCAAGCAGCGCGCGACCCCUGGACGAGUGGAAGCGAGGCCGACGUCCUGAGGGAAACGCAGCGGCUGCGAUGGCAGCGGAUGUCGAGGGCCAGGUGGACGUGCUGGUGGAACACUCCUUCGAGUACACCGGCCGAGACGGGCGCCACAUCGCCAUCCGACCUAAUGAGCGCUACCGUCUGCUGCACCGCAGCACGCCGCACUGGUGGCGCGUGAGGCGCGAGCCCGGCGGCCGCCCCUUCUACCUGCCUGCCCAGUAUGUGCGUGAGCUGCCAGCACUCGGCAGCCCAGCCCUACCAGCCCGCACCCCCCGGCUCCUGAGCGUUCCUGGCCUUCCUGCCCGCCUGUACACGCGGCCCGUGACACUCGUACGCCCUGCGCAUUCCCUGGAUGACCUGGCACGUGCCACUGCGCCCUCUGGGAUCCCCCUCAAGGGUGCGCGCCACAUCAAGGCCUGCAGCGUGGCAGGCUCCUGGGUGUGUCCGCGGCCCCUGGCACGCAGCGGCUCUGAGGAUGUCAACGAGGCUGCCACGGAGGGGAUCCCGGAGCAGGUGGACGCGCCCGCCGACCCCGUGUACGUAAACGUGGGGAGACCUCUGGCCCGGUCGCCACGCGCGUCCGCCGCCCCUCGGCCCGACCCCGCGUGGGAGGCGUGGGAAGAGCACACGGACGCGGGCAGCGGGCGCCGCUACUAUUAUAACCGCGACACGGGCGCCACCACGUGGGAGCCGCCCGGCGAGGCCAGCCCGGCCGCUUCCCCGACCUCGGCCGGCAGUCGCGAGAGCCUGGAGAGCGAGUGGGACCAGUACUGGGAUGAGGAUAGCCGCAGGGUAUUCUUCUACAACCCGCUGACGGGCGAGACGGCCUGGGAGGACGUGCCCAGGGACGAGAACGAAGACGCGCUAGGGGACAUGCGUCCAGCACAGAGCCCAGUCUGCCCCGCAGGUCGGCGGCCUCCCACCCCGGAGGCUGACUACCCAGAGCCGCUGUCCAGUUAUCCUGAGGAAGACUAUCCCUCCGCGAUCUCCUGUGGGGAGCCCAGCCCCACGUCCCCGUUGUCCCCGCCCCCUGGCUGGUCUUGUCAUCUAGGCCCGGACCAGCAGACCUUCUACACCAACCACUUCACGGGAGAACAGUGGGUGCAGCUGGAGGACCAGCAUGGCAAGGUCUACUUCUACAAGCCACAGGACUCUUCUGUGCGGUGGGAGCUGCCCCAGGUCCCCAUCCCUGCCCCUCGAAGCAUCCGCAAAACCAGUCGGGAUGGCAGCACCCCAGCCCUGGCCAGCCCCCCAGAGGAAAAGAUGAAGACCCUGGACAAGGCAGGGGUACUGCAUUGCACCCGGACAGCAGACAAGGGGAAGCGGCUCCGGAAGAAGCACUGGAGCACUUCCUGGUCGGUCCUGGAGGGCAGUGUCCUGACCUUCUUCAAGGACUCCAAGACCUCAGCUGCAGGCGGCCUGAGGCAGCAGCCUUGCAAGCUCUCCACACCAGAGUACACAGUGGAGCUGAAAGGGGCCUCUCUUUCCUGGGCUCCCAAGGACAAAUCCAGCAAGAAGAAUGUGCUAGAGCUGCGGAGCCGAGAUGGCUCUGAGUACCUGAUUCAGCACGACUCAGAGGAUGUCAUCAGCGCCUGGCACAAGGCUAUCCUGCAGGGCAUCCAGGAACGGUCCGCAGAUCCAGCCCUGGAGGAGGACAGUGAAGCCAACAGCACAGACUUCCAGUCCAGCGAGAAGGAGGACUGCGCAGCCGCGCCUGCCCCAAGCCCUGGGACCCUGGAGAGUGACCUGAGCCGGGUGCGGCACAAGCUGCGGAGGUUCUUGCAGAGGCGGCCUACGCUGCAGUCACUACGCGAGCGUGGCUACAUCAGGGACCAGGUCUUCGGCUGUUCGCUGGCCACCCUUUGCGCGAGAGAGAAGAGCUCAGUACCACGCUUCGUGCAGCAAUGCGUGCGCGCUGUGGAGGCCCGGGGGCUAGACACUGACGGCCUGUACCGCAUCAGUGGGAACCUGGCCACCAUCCAGAAACUGCGCUACCACGUGGACCACGACGAGCGCCUAGACCUGGACGACGGACGCUGGGAUGAUGUCCAUGUGCUCACUGGUGCGCUCAAGCUCUUCCUGCGUGAGCUGCCUGAGCCACUCUUCCCCUUCUCGCACUUCCCCCUCUUCCUCGCAGCCAUCAAACUGCAGGACCCGGCCAAGCGUGCCCGCUGCAUUCGAGACCUGGUGUGCUCACUGCCCACCCCAAACCAUGACACCCUGCAGCUGCUGUUCCAGCACCUGCACCGGGUGGUGGAGCACGGAGAGCAGAACCGCAUGUCAGUGCAGAGCAUGGCCAUUGUGUUCGGGCCUACGCUGCUGCGGCCAGAGACAGAGGCCAGCAUUCCCAUGACUAUGGUGCUCCAGAACCAGGUGGUAGAGUUCAUCCUGCAGCAGUGCACAGACAUCUUCCCACCACACUAACCGACUGGCACCCAUCCUCAGUGCCGAUGGUACAGCGACCUGAAAUAGGUGCCUGUGUAGGCGACCACGCAGAAACAGACAGAUCUUGACAGGACCAUGUGACCUCCAGUCUAAGCCUCCUUGCCCCAACCAAAGAUCUGGCCUUCCUGUCUGCUGAUCCACAUCAGGAUCCCAUCCGCACUGUGCUGGGCAAGGGUUUUUCUUGCCCUUGUCCCCUGCCCCUGCCAUAAAGGGGGCCUUAUCCACACAGAGCCCUGAUACAGGAUGAAAACCUGCUUGCAAGGCCCCUCCCUCACCAGCGCACAGCCCUCGCCAGGGGACCCAGCCUCUCUGCGGCCCUUCCCAGCAGGGGCCAGAGAGCAGCCAGCCUGCUCUUCUGGAGGGAGUAGCACCUUCUCUGGCCCCAGCUGCCAAGAUACCUACUGGGACUCCCCUUGCCCUUGGGAGAGGUCUAGGGCACCCAGCCUCAGAGAAGAAGGAGUGCACCUGGGUCAGGAGGCCCGACCUGUCCCUUCUCAUGCACAAACCACCUCAGGCUGUGGAUCUUGUGGCCCCACCUCCCUGCUCAUGGCUCAGGGGACAAUAAUAGCUCGUUUGUAUUGAGCAUCCACACCAGGCCAGGCAUCCUGCCCCUGUUAUCCCUGUGUCUCUCAAAGUAGGUAUUGUGUUCUUGUGUGCCAGGAACAUACUUGUUGGCCCUGUAGAACCAGGGUCCAGGUAGAAGUACCAGUAGGGAUCUCUUUUCAUACAUCUAAGUAUUUAAAAGUUGUAAAUCAAGCUAAUAAUUGAAAUAAAAUAUGUUUUAUUCUUCUACUUCA